AGAGCUGUGUUACCAGAGAGAGAGAGAGAAAGAGAGAGGGUUAGAGAGAAAGAGUGAGAGGGGGAGACAGAGAGGAGAGAGAGAGGGGCAAAGAAUAGAAAGAGCAUUGUGUUGCUGCUGAAAAAGAACCCAUGUCUGCACAAAGAGAGAUGAAAGAGAAGAACCCCUGGCACACGCCGGUGACCAUCAUCAUCACUGUGAUUGGUGUCAUAGCGAUUGUUGCCUUGGUGACGGUAGCAGUUUUGCAGAACAGGCCCCUACCCCAAAAAUACAAGUAUGGGAUCGUGCUGGAUGCCGGCUCUUCCCACACAGCUCUGUAUAUCUAUGCGUGGCCAGCUGAGAAGGAGAACAACACUGGAAGAGUCGAACAGAAGCUUUCGUGCAAAGUCAAAGGUAAAGGCAUCUCCAGCUAUGCAUCUGAUCCACUGAAAGCAGGGGAGUCUUUGAGACUGUGCAUGCAGGAGGCAGAGCAGUAUGUCCCGAGUAAGAGACACCACGAGACCCCCCUUUAUCUGGGGGCUACUGCUGGAAUGAGAUUGCUGAAUAUGGAGAAUAGCUCGGCAUCAGACAAGGUUUUUGGAGCUGUGGAGGCAGCCCUGCGAAAGUUCCCUUUUUCCUACCAGGGCGCGAGGAUACUGAGCGGUCAGGAGGAGGGAGCCUUUGGCUGGGUCACAGUCAACUACUUGGAUGACCGCCUAGAACAGGGCUUGGAAACCACAGGCGCCCUCGACCUCGGCGGGGCCUCCACUCAAAUCAGCUUUGUAUCCGAUAAAUAUGACGGCUCAGAGUCACCCAACAACUCUGUGACCUUCCGACUCUACGGAAAUGACUACAACCUGUACACUCACAGCUUCCUGUGUUACGGGAAAGACCAAGCCCUAAAAUUGAUGCUGGCCCAUCAGUCUCAAGCAGGUCCAGCAUCAUUAUUAGACCCUUGUUUCCAUCCCGGCUACACAACAAUAAUGAACUACUCGGUCCUCUAUGACAGCCCCUGCGUGUCAGACAGGAAACCGCAAGGAGCUCCUGUAAGCUUCACUCACAAUGGGAGGGGAGACUUCCUACGAUGCCAGGAUGCCGUCAAGAGAGUCUUCGACUUUACCUCCUGCAAAUACAGCCGAUGCUCUUUCAAUGGGGUCUUCCAGCCAAUGCUGCAGGGGCCGUAUGGGGCUUUCUCUGCGUAUUACUUUGUGAUGAAUUUCCUCAAUCUGACCGAUACGUCCAUCCCUCUGGAAACUGUCAAGGAAAAGCUGCAACGCUACUGUGCUACCCCUUGGAAUCAGAUAACGCAGCAGCAUCCAGACGUAAAAGUAAAGUAUCUUGCUGAGUACUGUUUCUCCGGCACGUACAUCUUGACCCUGCUGACAGAAGGAUACAACUUCACCUCACAGAGCUACUCCGACAUAAAAUUCAUCAAAAAGAUAAAAGGCAGCGAUGCAGGCUGGACGCUGGGCUACAUGUUGAAUUUGACCAAUAUGAUUCCUGCCGAGGCUCCCGACUCCCCCCCUCUGCCCUACGCCGGCUACGUCUCCAUAGUAACCAUCAUGGCGUUGCUGCUGUUCCUCCUGUUCAUCCUCAUCCUGCGUCCUCUCUGGCCACGCUGCUCCAAACAGCCACAGAUCGUAUAAAACACGCAGGUGUAUGUAGGAAUGCCGUGGAAGAAAGGGAAUGUCGGAGUGUGCUCUUGUACCAAUCUGUGAAUAACCAAUUUUACACUCUUGUGGGGAGGUCAAAGGUCAACGUCUGCUGCACAUCUGUGGUCCUGCAGCUCAUGUGGAUUCAAGGACAUUUCAGAAGGACAAAUACUCAACAAUAGAGCGGGUUUUGCUUCUCUGGUUGAAGGACAGUUUAUGUGUUUAUUUGUUUGUCUGUGUGUGAGUGUGUGUGUUUGGAUUUGAAUGUGCGCUUGAGUGUGUGCACCCACCUCAGUCUGCAUGUAUGUGUCUUGAAUUAUGAUGUGAAUAUGAUACUGUAUAAAUAAAAUAACCCAAGUUUAUAUAAAAUGUUGUAGAUCUCUUGUCAUUUGUGCAAAUAGCAUCAGUGAAAAAUGUUUAAUGUUGCAUCAUUUAUUUACAAUGUAUCCAGAAAGUUAUUUGUAUUUUUAUAAAAACUGACAUUACAAAGUUUUGCUAUUUAUGAAAACCCAUAAACCAGCGAAGUGGCAAUUAAAACAGGCAUAACAUCUUUGAAAAUACACGUUAUAUCCUUUUGAUUCUUGUGAUUUGUUUAGGCUGUGCAAAAUAAAAUACAACAUGGUCCCUCACCCUCAUUUGUAACAAUGACUAGAGCUGCCACUAUUAAUAUAUAUAUAUAUAUAUAUUAAACUAUUGCAAUAAAAAAUAAACAACUAUUUGGGGAAAAA